AUGUCGGUCAAUGGAAAGGAUGAUGUUCUUACCGUGUUUCAUCGCGGCGGAGCCUCGGUUGAUUUCAUCGCUGAUUGUAUCACCAACAAUGUUGACCAUCCAAUGAUCCGUAUUGGGGUAUCCGAUGGUACAGGAAAGGCACCUCAUUUUGUAAUUGAUAGGGACGCAAAGCUCCAAUGCAUUGUUCUUGACUAUCGUGCCGAAGAGUGUACCUUCUCCAAAAUGGGGCCUGUUAUGAUUGCGAAAAUGGUUCUCUGCGAUGGGAGUUACACCUGUUUCAAAGCUGUGACUAACAGCAGCCUUUCUUUUCAGGUUGAGGUUGGAGAAGAAAGGAAGGAAGGAAUUCCUGUGGGUAGCAUCCUACGCAUUGAUGACUACAACUGGAUCCAUCUUGCGAAGGAGCAGAAUCAUGCUUUCCGUCGCUGCAUGGUUAUUAAUCAAUGCUCUUUCAUUGGUCCACCUGACAGUAAUGAGGAGCUGUUCGAAACACCUCCCUGUAAAGCAGGUCAAGAGUUUAUGCCACCGGAAGAAGAUUCUGUUGAUACCGCUAGUGUGGAUGGUUACUUCUCAUCCUUCGUCCCUUCUAUUCUUGAAACUGUUAAGUCCAAGGGAGAGAUUGUGUUCACUUGUGCUUGCUGUUUGUAUGAUCCGAAGACUGACCGUGGUUUGGUCUACAAUGAAGCCGCAAGCAUUCUUCAGUUGAAGCAGGGGGAACCUUGCCAAGUUCCCUGGAACAGAACUGACUUCAAGAAGGUCUAUCAGGAGUUACUCGACCCUGAUUCUGAUGAUGAUGUCACAGUUCCUGUACCAUGUGGUUGCCAGCGUCGAUUCGGCCUUGCAGUUUGCUGUACUCAGUCCUUCCCUCUUGAAUACAUCGAUCUUGAGGGGAUCUUCUUUACCAUCAUGUCGAAGUAUGAUGACAUGGAAGUCAUCGCAGAGGAAUGGAAGGAUCUGCCUGCUGCCAAGAAACGUUGGGUCAUCUACACCUGGUUUGCUUUGAAUGUCUUCAACCUUCGAACUCGCAAGAAGCUUCCUCGUUGUCUGACUGACUACGUUCGACUUGAGUUUCCAAACAAAGAUCCGAAUGAAAGUUUUACGGGUUUCCGCGAUAGUUCCUUGGAUGGAGCUAGUACCGGUGACAAAAGGAAGAAUAUUACAACUGAAGCAAGUCAAGGAGCGGCUUUGAAGAAGGCGCAUUUGUGUCUUGAAGACAAGAGGAGUGGCUUCAAGGAGAGUGUCAAGAAACCAGUUGAGGCAACCGGAAUUGAGGUCCAGGUUCCUCCCACAACACCUGAGAAGACAAAGAAAGAGAAGAAAGAGAAGAGUGACUUCUAUUAUUUCUAUCAGCUCACUCCUCCCCCUUCCCCUCCUUCGCUGCCUAAUAUGCCAAAGGGCACUGUUACCAAGAUGGAUGCAUUCAAAUGCUUUGUUGCAGAGGUGAAGAAAGCUUCUAAUGCUGGAGAUGAUCGCUGGGAUGAUGCUUGGCGUAUCUGCAAGCAGCUCACCGGGAAUGGAACUAAGAAGGCUGAUGCCGCUGGUGACGACGAAAAGAAGAUGGAAGCGAAGAAGAACUAG